AUGACAUAUCGUAGCAAAAGGACACGAGUUGGUGCUGCUUCGGUAUCUAAUGAUGUUGCUUCAGAUGCCGCUGCAGCAACUACUUCACGUUCUCCUGCCAUGAUACCUGAGAUGAAGCCCAUGGCAUCUGCUUCAUUUUCUCCAGCUACGAUUCCACAGUCAAGAGCUACAACUUGUACUAUAUCUCAGCAAAAACUUUUAUCAUCUGCUGCCAUGAUUCCACAGUCAAGAGGAACAGCUUCUACUCUACCUCAGAAAGAUCCUUUAGCGUGUGACAUGUUACCUCCACUAAAACUCAUGGGUUCGAAUACCUCACAAGCUGCAAAAAGGACUCAUCCUCUUAUUAUUCUACAGUCAAAGACUAAUAAUUCUAAGGGUGAACUUCAGUUGAUGAGCGGUUCAAUUCAGCCCAUAGAUGUUUGGCACAGUCAUGGUGUUAGGUACCAUGUGCAAUUUAAUGAGUUCAACCAACCAAUUAGGAAAGGUGGGCAUAUCUUGGUGCGAUUUCUAGGAAGUGUAGCAAAGGAUGGGACCUAUUGUCCAAUUGGAGAAAAGAAUUGGCAUCAUGUUGACGUGAAACUCAAAACUAAGAUUGUUAUGAAGAUGAGAGAACAUUUUGUGAUUCCUGAGGAUGAGGUCUAUAAUACAUUAGCUCUGCAACGUGUUGACAAAUGUUGGAGGCACUAUAAACACUCACUUAAAUUGACAUUCUUCAAACCCAAUAAGCUCAUUGAGGAAGAACACUAUGAUAUUGUGCCUAGUGGACAUACUCGUUCUGAAUGGAAACCAUUGGUUCAGUAUUGGUUCUCACACAAAGGACAGCAAUUGUCUCAACUUGGAAAAGCGACACGAGCAGCUCAAAAUCAAGUUCAUACAUUGGGUUCUACUAGUUACGCUAAUAUACGAGUUGAUUAUGAAGAUGAGCAUGGAGAAGAAAUGAGCUUGAUUGAACUUUGGGAAGCAACUCAUAAGAGGAAGGAUGGAACCUAUCUUGGAGGCACAGACACUUCGGACUUUUUGGAGGAUGCAAAGGCAAAGGUUGAUUCAUUAAAACUUUGUAAUCCUACUAUGUCUCGUGUUGACGUUGAGAAUGAAGCCUUUCAAGCUGUCAUGAAUGGAGAUGAAGUACCUGAACGACCCCAGGGAUAUGGAUUUGGGGUGAAAAAAAGUGAUAUUCAUGGGGUGCGUGGUGAACUUAGAAAAGAAGGUUAUGGAAAACUUAAAAGGAGACAUGUGGAACUUGAAAACAUUGUGGAAACAUCUUUAUUGAAGAAGAGAAAUGAGGAACUUGAAAAACAAAACAAAGAGAUGACUAACAAGUUUGAUGAGCAUACUAAGAUGAUGAAGACCGUUGCUACACAUUUUUCUCUAGUGUUCGAUGCGGUGCGUGAUGGAAAAGCUUCUACUGAACUUAUAGAUGCUGCAAAGUCAGCUAUGCAUUUGAUUACUACAGAGGAUCAAGAUGAUGGUGAAGGAAAAGAAGCCAAGGAUCCAUUAAAUUAGUACAACUCGUAAAGUUAUUAAUGAUUGAAAAGGUCCUGUAAAAGAUAUAUUUCUUUUGUUAUGUUUUUUUUGUAAGGUUUUAAGAAGUUGAUAUA